AUAAACGUUAUUGGCCCAGAUUUACUGAGUGACCGAAACCCGCAAAAUGGCGUUCUCAGGUUAUUACGUUCAGCUAGCAUCUGGAAACCGGUAAAAUAUAUGAGGGAGGGAUGACAGCUGAAAAUAGAACUCACGUUUCCUUGCAUAGAUUAAAAGAGUAAGAAAAUUCUCAUUGCUUUAUCCAUCCAGUGCGUUUUUAUUUCUUCUUGGCGCACUGAUAGCGCAUCGUCCUGUCAUUCCCUGAAGAUUUACUCACAGACCUCGGAACAUUGAAGAUGAGAAAUAAUGGUGCUUAGUCUUCUACCUGACACCAAAAGCCUGCCCCGAGGGAUGAGACAGAUCCGGCGACGUUAUUUGUGAGCAUUAGUGUGUGAAGUCCUGCACCUGCAUCCGCCUACUAUCCAUCUUCGACUUUAAUUCAUUUGGAUUCAUUUGUUUAUUUGACUGAAAAAUGUUUCCUUCGUGCUAUUCUAAGCCCAAGAAUGGCUCUCAGUUUAAGAUGUCGUACACGAAAGUGUUGUUUGGGGUGUUGGUGGUUUAUGUGCUUCAUACGUGUUGGGCCUUAUACGGCUUCGUGCACACUAAAGCCUGUGACAGCGCUAAAGGUGACGACUGCGUUACAUCUUAUCUCACUGCUAAACCGCGACUCCAGCUGAGCGUGUACUCGACGCUGGAUCCCAGUGAUGAGUCUGCGCACACACUCCUGCUCAAAGUGGAGAAAUUUGAAGUCCAUACCAAGCAUGAAAGGCAAGUGAAUGUGGCAUUGUCGGCACUGAAUCCAAAGAAUGGGACCCUCCAUGCCGUGAUGUUUGUACAUAAGAGUGGAGUUUCUCCAUGGAAAGACAGCAAAUACGUGCGAAUUGUGGCUCGCCUGACCUCUCAGAUGUUACCAAUUCCUCCUAUGGUCAUCGCUGACUCUGCCAAACAGACUCAGAAGGGAAAAGAAGAGCAAAAUGUCAUGUCUUACUGGAAAUCCCGCAUCACUCUAAACAUGAUGACCGAGGACUUCACGUUUAAUACUGCAGCUGUGCCCAGCGACCUACGCAGAUACAUGAAAAUAGUUGAAGAUGGAAAGAAGGACAAAAAGAAAAUAUAUCUUCCCCUUUUACUUGUUGAUGAAAUGAGGAGCAGACUAAAAGAUUUAAUCGAGAUAAACAGCACCACAAAAGCAGUCCCACUCACAGUAUCAUAUGAUACGAUAACACUUCGCAAAUUUAGAAUGUGGAUCCAUAUCCAAGCUGUCAUAUACUCACUCAAACAUUUCGGAUUUUCAGAGCAAAGACUUGAUGAAAUUAAAUCCAUGUUUGUUGAGACCGGACUUCACAUUUUGGUUUUGUCAAUCCUGGUACCUGCAUUCCAUCUCUCGUUUGAAGUAUUUGCUAUGAAAAAUGAUGUGAGCUUUUGGAGAGGGAAAAAGAGUUUAGCAGGCAUCUCUAGGCGAUCAGUGUUCUGGAGGUGUUUCAGCACUGUUGUGAUAUUCCUCCAUCAGCUAGAAGAGCAAGCCAGCUGGCUCACCCUUAUCCCUAUGGGUUUUUUAGCAUUAAUUGAGCUAUGGAAAGUCAGCAGAGUCUUUGCAAUUUGGCCCAGUUUUAAAGAUGAUAGAGCAGACGACAUGGAGCGAGCAACAGAAGAACAUGAUUCCAGGGCAAUGAAAUUCUUGUCAUAUUUAAUGCAUCCUCUAUGCAUCAGUGGGGCUGUGUACUCUUUCAUAUAUCUCAGAAAUAAAAGUACUUGGUACUUUUGGAUCAUCAACAGUCUUGUCAGUGGGGUUUAUGCAGUUGGAUUUCUGUCUAUGGUUCCUCAAUUAUUUGUCAAUUACAAGAUUAAAUCAGUUGCCCAGCUCCCAAUGUCAGUGUUACUCUACAAAGGUUUAAACACAUUUAUAAGCGAUAUAUUUAGUGGAGUUAUAACCACUCCUGGACCACAUCCAUUGGCUUGUUUUAGAGAUGAUGUGAUCUUUCUCAUCUACCUCUACCAGCGCAGGAUUUACCGUGUGAACAAAUGUAGAGGUCGCGAUUAUGCAUCACACAGGAAGAAACCUAAAGGGAAAUCACACGAAGACUGAUCAGGUGCAUUAGAGGAAUCAUAGCAAGAGUUCAAGCUUCCUGCAUGCUAUACAAGAGGGCAGCAAGUGUAAAUAUGGAAGAAGACUGAAGCUUUUCUCCAAGGACAAAAUACAAUCACUUUCAGCAUGAAGAUGUUCUAAAGCGCAAAUGUAAUUUCAGUACCGCAUGAUAAGUCUUCUACUGAACAAGGCUGGAGUUUGUUAUUUCAUCUCUUUAAACAGUUUAAUGAUGAUUAACUUGAGAGAGAAUUGCAGAAUAAGAAUAUCUGCCACUGUAAGGACCAGAAUAUGUUAUGGCCUUAUCUAUGCUACGAUGAUCUGCACAAUUAAUGAACCAUCAACAAACUCUAAGCAGGUAUCCGUACCUAUGGUCAGAACCACAUGGCCAUAAGAAUACAGCUAUAGCUCAGGAGUCUAGUAUUUUUCCACAGCCUACAUGUUAAGUAUUAUAAGGCUAUUUUAUUUGGUCUUUAAUGUAGCAUGGAGAUUGUAGUGCUGAAUGGACAAAUGCUGCCUUUGUGUUGUUAAAUGCUGUGAUGUACACACUGCUACAGUGUGUAACUGGAGAGAGCUUUGUCACUGAGGUCAAUGCCAAUCUGUCAUGUACAGAAUAAAUAGUGUUGUACCUUUACCCAUAAAACACAAGGCAUGCUUCAGUACUGUCUUUAUUGAAAAUGUUUUACAUAAGAGUAUGUAAUCCAAUUUAUUCCAAAAUGAAGUAAAAGCUGCAACAUUUCUCAGAAUUGAAAAUAUUAUGUAUAUAUAAUUUUAUUUAUAUAAUAGUCAUAUUGUAUUUCAACUUGGAGUUGUUUUCUUUUAUGCUAAUAACACUAGAAACACUCAAAACUAGACAAAAUACAUAUGCAAUGCAUUGCACACACUUGGAUUUGAUGUGCUACACAUUGCAGACCUGAUCUUGGACCACAUAAGCAUAGAUUAGCCAAAUAGUGAUGGAUAUCUGUAGUUGAACUCUUUUCCCUAGUUAGACUAGUUUGUGUUUGAUGUCGAAGAGUCUGCCUGUGAGUAAAUAGAAAUGUUAAUGUGUCUCUGGUGAAUUUUCUUACUGAAUGUGGUAGUCAUAGACCAGGGAUCUGAGCAGUCUGCACUGACGUCUGUAUACACAAUACCCUCUGUGUGCACUAUAAUAACCAGCUACAGUUGUUCUGUAAGAAUGCUAUUGUGUUGUUGUGCCAAAGGGUCAAAAUCAUGAGGGGGUCCUAGCUGGGAUAGCUCAUGCCAUUCAGGAAAAUGAGAUAAAACAUCUGUUGGGUGGGUCUCUGAAGGGAGAAAGUCCUUUACUGUCUGAUAAGCAAUCACAUGCAGAUGUUGGUCGAGAAGCAUGGAGAACCUUUCUGGACUGCUGGUUUUCUUCCUAACUAUACACUCAGUAUAUUCUCUGAAGUGUUAUGUGUGCAGUUCCACUCCAUCUAAUGAGUACUGCAACAGAAAUGCAGAGGAGUGUCGGGCUCCUCUUGAUACCUGCAUGACCACUGUGGACAUACUGGGUGAAGUGAAAGUGAUCGUGAAGCAGUGUUCCAGUUUGAGAACAUGCGCAGGGGCUGCAGGGACAGCUUCACUUGAUGCAAGCGGAAAUGGAAAUGAAGUUGCGUGCUGUAGCAGUCACCUGUGCAACUUCAACACUGCAACAACCAUUCAGCUGUGCACAUGGCUACUGAGUCUACCCUUGUGUCUACUCACCCUACUCAUUAAACAAGAGGUUUAAAGAUACACAAAUGCAGCUCUAUUCAGUUUACACUUUUAUCUGACUAGAGAACUUGGUGCAAGUGCUCAAUAUUAAAAGGCCAGUUAAUUUUGUCAGAGCACUGAAGUUUAAGAACCUUGCUUUAUGUUUGGUAAUGGAGACCUGUAAUAACAUUAACAUGAUCUUUUGUGGAUGUUAAUGAAUGUUGUUCGCACUCUCUGCCAUGCUUUACCUACCAACCAAGCAAAUUAAUUCAUUAGUUAAAAUAUAUGCACAGGGAAGACAUAAUUGCACUAAGACAAGUUUUUCAUUCUUAAGCUGUAUUUCUGUUAAUGACAGUUCACUUAUUAAGUAGUUAUAGCACUAUUGUGCCAUCACAUGUUUAAACAUUAAGUUACCACUUGCAGAUGAAUAACUUGGUGUGAUAUGUUAAUGUAACAGUUAGUUCUGUUUAAAUCCUGAAGAAUGUCUAUUGGCAAAUAGUGUUCAAGUAUUCCAAAUAAAAUAUAACUACAUGUAACUACA